CUCCUCAGCAGACAUAACACCUCACUUCUCUUUCGACACUGACUCACUACCAACUCGUCACUCACAUUAAUCUUCAAGAUGCGGUUCCUUCUCGGCCUCGUUCCUAUUCUUGCGGCCUUACAAGGUGCUCUAGCAUCUAGCAUUCCUCCGCAAGACAGCGCUUGUAUGUUCGGUCAGCAGCGCUGCCUCGACAACAAGAUCGAAGAGUGCGACUAUCGCUACCAAUGGGUUACCACUCGGGAAUGCGCCGACAACCAGAUCUGCGUAUACCACGACACCGAGAUCUUUGGUCGCGCCGAGUGUGUCGCUAUCCAAUCUCCCUCAAUUUCCAUCCGUUCUGUCAGUGUUCCUCGUCAAGAAGAAUUUUGCGUCGAGGGAGGCGUGAAGUGCGAAGGCAACCACAUUUACCGAUGCGAUUCGAACGGUGACUGGCAGCUAAAGCAAACCUGCACCAAAGGCGAGAAGUGCACCGUCUACUUCGACAUAGACGGCAUUGGCUACGCUCAGUGUGUCAACACUUCACCCAUCAAAGCACGAUCUGAGACCGCUCAAAACGGGGUCAACCCUGACGCCACAGCUCGUUGUCUAGCCGGGGAACAGCGCUGUGACGAAAAGUCUAACGGAAUUCAAGAGUGCGAUUCCUCUCAUCACUGGACCACCAAGAAGCGUUGUGGAGCCGGCCGUACCUGCGUGAUCACCGAGACAGACAGUCCCCUGUGCCAUCUUCCUCGCCACAACCCCCCGCGAGCCCCGAAGCAGCAAACCAGCUCCCAAUGCAACGGCGGCGAUCGCGCAUGCGACUCUGAGCGUCGAUUCGUCUUCGAGUGCAACACCGAAACAUCCAACUGGCAAGUCCUACAGCAGUGCUACAAACCCGGCGCCUGCGGAAAGUACCAGGACGGUACACUGGGUUGCAAUGGCUGGCCUGAAUUUGACGGGGAUAAUCCGGUCUGUCAGGGAAAGUGUGAGAGCACGCUCUACUUGUACUGCAUCGCAGGCAACUACGACAAGCCAGAAGCUAUUGAGAAGUGUCGCAACGACAUGUGCGCACGCGACUUCUGCAGUGGCUGUGAUCGAUGCCACUACAUGCCUCCCUAUGGAGGUAUCGUCCAGCCAGAUCUGAUGACGCUGGUGCCUGGUGAGCUUGUGUCGGGGAACUAAGCGGUGAUAUGCUCUGGGGUGUGAGGAUCUUGGGCAGGGCGAGAGGAGGAGCCAAUCUAGACAGUGUCAACUUCGGAGAGCUAAAGCGUUUUCUUCUACGUUUGGCAGCAAUAGCGGAUAUGGUAACAUUCUAACUCCAUAAUGCUGGCAGAAGAUGAGGGUUCACCUGUAAAUCAU